AGUGGGACGGAUGACAUUGACUUGCCAUUAUAUAAUUUCACUGCUGUUGCUGUUGCCACCAACCAUUUCUCUCAAACAAACAAGCUAGGAGCGGGCGGCUUUGGUUCUGUCUACAAGGGAAGACUUUCCUCAGGACAAGAAGUAGCAGUGAAGAGGCUGUCAAAAUAUUCUGGGCAAGGUCCGGACGAGUUUAUGAAUGAAGUCCUUCUAAUCGCCAGACUUCAGCACCGGAAUCUUGUUGGACUUGUUGGCUGCUGCAUUGAGGGUGAAGAAAGAAUGUUAAUUUAUGAAUACAUGCCAAACAAAAGCUUGGAUUAUCUCAUUUUUGAUCAUGAUAGAAGUUCCUCUCUGGCAUGGAAAAGGCGAUUUGACAUUGUUUUAGGAAUUGCCCGAGGACUUCUUUAUCUCCACCAGGAUUCAAAAUUACAAGUUAUUCACAGAGACCUUAAAGCAAGUAACAUUUUGUUAGAUGCUGACAUGAAUCCAAAGAUUUCGGAUUUUGGCCUAGCAAGGAACUUUCAAGGAGAUGACACAGAGGCAAAGACAAGAAGAAUAGUUGGUACAUAUGGUUACAUGUCCCCUGAGUAUGCCUUUGACGGAAAAUUCUCUGUGAAGUCUGACAUUUUCAGCUUUGGUGUGCUUUUGUUGGAGAUAGUAAGUAGCAAAAGGAAUAGAGGAUUUCAGCAUCCUGAUCAUCAUCACAACCUUCUUGGGCACGCAUGGUUGCUAUGGGGCGAAGGGAGGGCCAUGGAACUCAUCGAUGUAUCUUUAGGCAACUCUAUUCUCGAGUCUCAAGUAGAGAGAUGCAUUCAAGUGGGCUUGUUAUGUGUCCAAAAGUUUCCUGAAGAUAGGCCGACAACGUCCAGUGUUGUUUUCAUGUUGGCAAAUGAAGGAGCAACCUUGCCGCCGCCUAAAGAGCCUGGUUUCUUCGGUGAGAGAAGUUCAGGUAGCUCAGAUGCAUAUUUAGUUAAGGAAGAAGCCUACACACCCAAUGUCAUUACGGUCACAUUGCCGGAAGGUCGUUAGAAAUGCUAUUAAGGAUGUUUCUGAAGAUUGUAGACUGGCCAUCUCGGGUACAAAGGACAGAAGAAGCAU